AUGUCCCGCUAUUUCCCACACGCGGCCUACGCAGAGGACCAACCCCUCGCCCGCACAAUUCUGACAGUCCACGUUCUGACCCGGGGCUACACCACCGGCGCCGUAGUGGGUCUAGGAGUAUCCGCCGUCGGCGGGCUCUACAACCGGCUCCGCGGCGCUAAAGCGUCGGCUCCGACCCCGCUCACCACAACACUGCGGUCUGCUCGACUCCUCCGCUCGACGGGCACAGCCAGCGCCGUUGGCUUAGGACUCAUGGGUAUCGCGCUCGUGGGGAGGAUGCAGGGGCGCGAUGACAUUGAAUGGCGCGAUCGCGCGUGGCGGCUGAUGGUGAACCAGGGGCAGCUGGAGACGGACGACUGGACGUAUGGUGGUGCUGUGGCGGGGCUUGUUGCAGUUGCUGUGAGGCCGCAGUUGAAGACCGUUGGAGGGUGGAGGGUUUUUGCUGGCGCCACGGGAUUGGGGAGUGUUGCAGGUACGGCUGGGUAUCUGAUUUGGAGGUAUGGGCUUCAUGGUGGGAAGCAUGUCGAAUAUGCUGCUGUCGAAAAACCUGCGCUGUCAGGUCUGUAA